UUUCAGUGACUUUGUGCUUUGCACAACGUGAUGCUCAAUAGCUUACCCUAAUGGACCAUCACCAAUCAGAGAUGGCAUUAAAUGGGAGCAGAGGACCACAGGGGUGUGUGGCUGGGAUGACAGAGAAGAGACACUGCAAGGAGCAGGCCAAGAGAGCUACGUGUUUACCAAAGCAUCACCGGGUGAGGAUGGGAAAAAGGUGUCUCUUCUCCCUCCUUUGUUUGCUCUUGGUGGCCAGCAUCGCAGGCCAGCCCGAAGAUGUCAUUACAGAAACAGAAGUGGUCCACGCUUUGCCAGGUACUGAUGUGACCCUGGUGUGCGACUUCCCAAAACCACACUCCACCUACAUCAUACAGACACAGUGGUCCAAGACUGAUGACACACAGCUUACCAGAAUAGCUGUUUAUCACCCUGUUUAUGGCACCCACUACUUCACCCUUCCUGAGGCUUCUUACAACUUUUCGGUGUCCUUCAGCACGAGGAAUUGCUGCAGCUGGGAUGAGACAGAGGCUUGCUGUUCCCCUGAUCCAAAUGCCAAGUGUGAAUGCAUUUGGUGGGCUCUGCAUCUGAAGAAUGUUACCAUUUCCCUUAGCGGGCAGUAUGAGUGCAGUUUUGCUACUUACCCUUAUGGGACAAAGGCUGCAAAAAUCCAACUUAUUGUCAAGGCAGAAGAGGAGCAGCACAACGUGAAGGAAGUGUGGUUAAACCAGACUUUGGAAAUCCCAUGCCUUGGGGACAGGGCCUCAGAAAGUUUGUCCCGUUACCCUUUGAAAUGGCUCGUGGAGGAAAACGGCACGAAAGAGGAACUUGUAACCAAGGAGCCCUCCUGUCCUGCAGUGUACAGGAACAGCAGCAUGCUCUAUGGGCAGAGAGUCCACCUGCGUUUGAAUAAUGCCCUAAAGAUUUUCCCCAUCAAAAUCACAGACAAUGGCAAGGUGUUUUCCUGCCAUGUGGUGUCCCAUCCGGAGAGAGUCCAGAAGAGCAGCACCACUGUGAGAGUAUUUGCCUACCCUGAGAUCUCUGUUGGCCUGCAGGAGGGUGCUGCUGGCACUUCAGAGAAGCCUAACGUGACCUGCAUCAUGAGGAAGGUAUUUCCCAAGCCAAGCCUUGUGUGGUACGUGGACAGAGAGAGCUUGACGGAGCAGCCUGGAGGAAUCUCUGUUGAACAAGAAGACUCGCAAGACAGUGAAGGUUUCUAUCAGCUGAGAUCAACGCUGGUGUUUCAAGGGACCCACCAGACAUCUAAGACGUUCUUGUGUGCAUGUCUGUUUUCCUUCCUUGGGAAUGGAACAUGGAAUAUUUCAUCAAAAGAAAUAUUUGUUUCCUUCGACAAUAAGCCUAAUGAAGCCUCAUCCAGAGCUUUCCCCACCAUGGCUUCAGAAGAGCACCCGGUGACAUCUUUGGCCUCUCCGGAUUUCAGAAGUCAAGCAAGGUUGCCUCCCGCUUCUAUGACACAAGCAGGAGCACUGAUUUCUACAGCAGAAACAAGCUCCACAGCAUUUAAUGAGAGAUUGACAACAGCAUAUUUGAAUGAUUCCUCCACCGAAUCCCCUCAAAGCCUCAGGAAUGCCACGCGCUCCUCCAAGAACACAAUCCUGGCGUAUCGUAACCUGUCCAGCAUCACCGACCAGCCAAUUUCAGUUACCAGAGGGGAAGAUUUCUUUACUGCCAGCAGUCUGCUCAAUACUACUGGUGGUGUGAUGAACACAAAAGCCAGUCACUUCCCCUGGCCAACAGUGGUAGCAGUCCUGCUCCUCUCCUGCAGUUUUCUGAUAGCUUUGGGCAUCAGGAAAUGGUGUCAGUACCAAAAAGAGAUAAUGGACAGACCCCCAUCUUUCAAGCCACCGCCACCCCCGAUCAAGUAUGCCUGCAUGGUGGAAUCUGAUGGGACCCCCCCAUCCUGCCACGAGCUGGAAAACCUGUAACAUCGCCCACAGAAGACUGACACAAUCAAAAGGCUUUGUCUUUAAAGCAG